AUGUGUCCCGUAGUCCACACUGAAGGAAAAAAGCAGAGGUGUUGUUUCACACACUGUGGCCGAAACGCAUCUUUGCGUCUCCCAGUCCUUCCCGCUUGCUGCUAAUUGUGUUACUGCGUGAGCGCACGUGCGUGCGUGUGAGUGUUCUUGCGUACAAGUGUUUGUGUGCCUGUGUGUGUGUGUGUGUGUUUGUUUGUGUGUGUAUAUAUAUGUGUGAGUGCGUGCGUGAGCGCCCGUCCGUAUGUCCACAAAUUAUAUAUGUAUAUAUAUAGAUAUAUAUAUUUCGCGGUGCGUGCGUGCGUGCAUUUGGUUACGCUAGUGUUUUAGUGUUGUGUGUUUUGUUGUGCUGUUGCGUGCGCGCAACACUUGGAUGGGUGACUUGUGCACUGACUCACCCUUCUCUUCCAAAUGUGAUUCACUCUUCGGACAAGCCCCGUUCAGCGUACACAAACCAUAGACACAUCCCUCAACACCUGCCCAUCUAGUGUGGAUCUCUCAAGACAGGACAUGGGCAAAGAAGUCAUCUAGUCAACGAGUCAACCAACCAAUCACCGCCCGCGAGGUGCGCUACCUGCAAUCAUUACCUAGCAACUCUGAGGAUAGUCUCCGGUCACCGAGCAACGGUCGGCUAGCUGACACUGAUUAAACUUUCCUUCGAUAAACCAGCCGCGCAAUACACAGCGUAAUCCGAACGCUCCAAUGCAGCGCAAACGCACGAGUUAGUGAGCUGCUCCUGCUAGUGCUUUGGCGGACAUGGAGCGCUGACAGGGACACCUAGAACUACCGCGGGUAAUAGGUGAAUUUUGGCAACAGGAUGAGAAGAAAUAGGGAAGUCGCGGAACACCCGCAAAGGAGGCGUAUGCAUAUGUUUUGUGUCACCUACGGAAGGAUUCGCGAGCAAUGUCUAGCGUGCAUCGGGUAACUCCAGGGAGCAUAAAAGAAGAAGAAUAAGAGUAUGAAACAGAUAGGUUACUAGAGAAGCGUUCAGAAUCCGGUGAAAGAACUGAUGCGCACACCUCAUCAGCAAACAAGAGCACACACCCAGGCCAGAUUAAGGUCUCAAAAACUCCACCCUGUAAGAAGUGUGAGAAGAGCACUUCGUAAAUUCGUUCUCGCCUAACAAGCAACACUGGAGACUUUUUUACAUAUCUAAGAACGGGCAAGCCAUAUGUUUCAGCACUGGAGACUUAUUCGAAAUUCUUACACCGGUGAUACGAUACGCUAACGUACGCUGUUAGGGUCGUGCGUGUCUUAAAAGCUUAUUACCUAUUAACAUAUUCUGGGGUGAUUUGUCGGAUCUGCUAGCAGUGUGCUACCAGCAAGUGUUAACACGGGCGCCCAUGCUGCUCCGUUCACUCUAUUCCAAGCGUAGAAUGCCUGCAUCAGUAGUAGCGUUUAGACAGGAGGAUACUAAACGGUGGAUUAGACAUAAAAUACCGACAUUAACGAUAUUAUUACUUGCCCGAAAACGUUCCCGGUACCAACAUCCUCUGUUAGCCUACAACGUAAAAGACAUCGAAGAUACAAGAUCAUUGUGCCACAAGUGCCGGCCAUAGAAGCCGUCGAGAUUUGCAAAAGAUUAGGGCAGAGAAGGAGAUGCUCUGGCUUACAAAAUUCUUUUGUCACGCUAUGAGCCCCCAUUACCAUGUUUGAGAAGGAGCGAUUUUGGAGGUAUAUUACUAAAAGGAUCUGUAUAAACGUGUGCUCACGUGUUUCAAGGGAGCACAUAAGUGUGUGAUUGUAUGUAUGUUUCCUACAUUUUGCAUGAUUAUGAAUUGUAUUGUAAAUUUGUUAUUGUAAAUUUAACUAUUACUAGUAGAUUGCCAUCCUCCCUUCUUCCCGUCAUUACGCAGAAGGUAGAAGGAAAAUUAAUCUGUAAACCACCGCAUGAUGCAACAUGCAAGAGGGAAAGUGUCAGAACUGAUCAUUAAGUAUAGUAGGGUAAGGUCGCAGGGUAGGCACGUACGUGCUUACACCUGCAGAGCAUUUAAUCAGGAGGGCAUAUCGAAGUAGUUCGUUUACGGUCCCCGUCGAGAAAUCAAAACUCCAAAAUGGUUCAUCCUUGUCACCCGUCGGCCGAAAGCCGCGGGGCAAAGAACGGACCGGUGACUCCGAGGAAGGAAGAUCCUAUUAUGCCCAGCGGAUUACCCGUCUCGCACUACGGGGACCGCCUAGUUCCCCAGCAGCAUGGGUCUGCGUGUUAUGGCGGGUGCGACACACAAACGCCGAUCUCAUUAGGACAAACCAUGAAUAACGCCAUCGCCGUCCCAGAUUCCACGAACAGCAUCGCUUCUACCGUAAACACCACUUCCACGACACCGCCCCGGAAGUCUCCUUUCGUGUACAACUAUUGGAAGGACUCGCACCAGCUCACUGAUCUAUGCGUCUUCAUGCCAAAUGGGAUGUUAAUCGAGUUGCGCGAGCAAUCUGUCUAUACCACACUAAAGGAUCUGAAGACGUACGUGUGGGAACUGGCAGAACGGUACCCCCUCUAUUCGCAUCUGGGCAAUAAGGACACCUACUGGUUCAGCACAGUCUCUGCGGAAAGCAGUUGUCAGCAGGUGCAACAAGAUGAUGAGUCAAAGCAGUUAGUGGAUCUACAGCCCCUAUUCGGUAUUUUCGGCUUCAUGAAGAUGAAGACUGUCUCGGUGAAUAGCCAGCUGAUGAGUAGCAUCAGCACGUUGCUCGGUACGACGCUGUCCGAAAAAACGCUCAACAACCCGGAGGUAAAUGAUUUCCGCUGUAAGAUGGGACAGGUGGAGAAGAACAUAGCGUCGGAACGGGCUGAGAUGAACCGGAUGGAUAGAAUUGCCUACCAGUACCCAGUGAAGCUGGCCCCCUCGGUGCCAAAGACGAUCGCGCAGUUAGAGACGUUUUGCGUGGACGCCAUCAGUGGUGACAUCAAGGCGAAGGUGAAGGUGAAGAGCACGGCGUCGCCGAACGAGGUACUAAAGCGUAUCUUCGAGAAGAAGCAGAUCUCGAAGUCGCGCAACGAGAACAGCGCCGACUAUAUACUGAAGGUGUGUGGUCGGGAGGAGUACAUCUAUGGUACGCACCAGAUCAAUCAGUUUCAAUACGUACAGGACUGCCUGAUGCGCAAUGAACAUCCCGCCUUUUUGCCACGACCGAUCCGGUCAGUCGAGGUGUUCAAGAACAACAUUUAUGAGGGGCGUGAGGACUUCUCUUUAUGGCCAUUAACUGCCACGAACUCUCCUGGUGGCGGUGGCUCGUUUGCAGGGUCCGGUGGCGGUAGCGGCAGCAAUACUGUGAACUUUCCCAAAUCGCAUGGCCAGCAUCAGAUGCCAUCGUCAUCAUCGCAUACACUGCGUAAAGUCAAGUCCAUCAUUAGUUGGGAGAUCGGAGCUAAGCUGGAAUGCCUAAUACAGGAGAUCCGUGAACUUAACUGUGACUCGAACAGGAAUACCGAGGUAGGGGUGCAGCUUGGUCUAUUCCACGGCGGAAAGUCGUUGUGCAAGACAGAAAGGACCCGACUGGUGCCGUUAAGCGCAGAUGGGCGAGCCGUCUGGAAUCAGACGAUCCAGUUCGACAUACAAGUAAGCAAUGUGCCACGAAUGGCGCGGCUCUGCCUGGUCAUCUAUGAAAAUUUGCGCACGGCCAAGGGGGUGGGGGUGCGUGCUCGCCGCACCAAGGACGGCAUGAUCAAUCCAAUCGCCUGGGUCAACACGAUGGUGUAUGAUUACAAGAGCCAGCUAAAGACGGAUCCGGCGACGCUGUACACGUGGACUUACGCUGAGGAUGCACAGUCUGAUGAUAUCCUGCACCCCCUCGGCACGGUCGAGCCAAACCCUCGGCGUGACGAGUGCUCCUCGCUGUUGCUCACUUUCGGUAAUUACACGCAGGACAACCGAAUAAUUGUGUACCCGAACGAGGCGGAGCUUUUGGCACAGGCUUCGCGCAAGUGCACCAGGAACGAACACUUGAACCGCGAGAGCGCCGAGGAUCCACGCUCGAUCAUGGCAAUCAUGUCGGUUUAUAUGUAUAAUGACCGGCUAAACGACAUACACGAGCAGGACCGAAACGCAAUCUGGGCCAAGCGGCGUGAAUGCAUGCAGCAGAUGCCCGACGGUCUGCCCUGCCUACUGUACUGCGUUGAAUGGAAUAACCGAGACGAGGUUGCCGAGAUCGUGUCGCUUCUCCAAAAGUGGCCGAAGCUUCCCGUCGAGCGGGCGCUCGAGCUUCUCGACUACGCGUACGCGGACAACAACGUACGUCGGUACGCUGUGCACUGCUUGAGAGACAUCCAGGACGACGAGCUGCUGCUCUACUUAUUGCAGCUCGUGCAGGCGCUCAAACACGAAUCGUACUUGAAUAGCGAUCUGGUGUCGUUUUUGCUCCAGCGCGCCUUACACAAUCAGCACAUCGGCCAUUACAUCUUCUGGCACCUGCGUUCAGAGCUGACGGUGCCGGCCGUCCAGGUGCGCUUCCGCCUGAUCAUGGAAGCGUAUCUGAAAAGCAGCUCGGAGCAUGUGCCAGUACUACUGCGACAGAUGCAGUGUCUGCGGCAGCUGCAAGUCUGCUCCGACACGGUGAAGCACGGUGGCAAAGAAAAGGUGCGAGCGCUUCUCCAGGAGAAGUUGGCAGAGCGGAGCGUGAUGGAGGCUAUGAACGAUGUGAUCAGUCCACUGGAUCCACGGUACCGGUGCAAGUCUGUGCGCAUCGAGCGGUGCAAGGUAAUGGAUUCAAAGAUGCGGCCGCUCUGGAUUGUGUAUGAUAAUAGCGACCGCAGUGGAGAGGACAUUAACAUGAUCUUCAAGAAUGGCGACGAUCUACGACAGGACAUGCUGACGCUGCAGAUGCUGCGAAUAAUGGACAGAAUCUGGAAGUACGACGGCAUGGAUCUGCGCUUGAACCCCUACAGCUGCAUUAGUACCGAUCGUCGCCUCGGACUGAUCGAAGUCGUUUUGAACGCGGAAACGAUCGCGAACAUCCAGAAGGAGCGUGGCAUGUUCUCCGCGACGUCACCCUUCAAGAAAGGUUCGCUGCUAGCAUGGCUCAAGGAGCAUAACAACACCGAAGAGCUACUGACGAAGGCGAUCCAGGAGUUUACGCUCAGCUGUGCCGGUUACUGCGUCGCGACAUACGUCCUCGGUGUCGCCGACCGUCACUCUGACAACAUCAUGGUUAAGCGUACGGGUCAGCUGUUCCAUAUCGACUUCGGUCACAUUCUUGGCCACUUCAAGGAGAAGUUCGGCUUUCGUCGGGAGCGUGUUCCAUUCGUACUGACACACGACUUCGUUUACGUCAUUAACAACGGUCGGACCGACCGCGAGGCCCAGGAAUUCCGCAUCUUCCAGCAAAUGUGCGAAGACGCUUUUCUGAGCCUUCGUCGCCACGGUUGCCUUAUAUUGUCGCUCUUUUGGAUGAUGAUCUCGACCGGACUGCCGGAGCUUUCGUCGGAGAAGGAUCUCAACUAUUUGCGCGAAACGCUGGUACUAGACAAAACGGAGGAUGAGGCACGCAGUCACUUCCGGCAGAAGUUCAGCGAAGCGCUAGCUAAUUCGUGGAAAACGUCACUUAACUGGGCAUCCCACAACUUCUCCAAGAACAACCGUCAGUGACAACCGUUG